AAUGAGUACAAGUGAAUGUGUCCUCGGGAUUGAUAUCGGGACAACAUCUGUUAAGUGCUGUCUGGUGGAUGUCAAUUCGAGGGAAGUAAUUUCAAGUCAGAAGAAGGACACGUACUCUGAUGUGCCCAGUGAACUUGGUACAGAAGGUAACAAACAAGAUGUUCCACGUAUAUUGUCAGCCCUGCAGAUGUGUGUUUCCAGGCUACCCAGAGAAGCUACACGCAAGGUGACACGUAUAGGUGUAUGUGGCCAGAUGCAUGGCUGUAUGCUGUGGAAACAUGGACAGGCUUGGGAACAAAAGCCGGAUUCAGAUAGGUUUGAGAUUCGUGAAGUUAGCAACUCAUACACUUGGCAAGACAAUAGAUGCACGCAGGAAUUUCUCUCAUCUUUACCAGUUCCAGAAUCACAUCUUUCCAUUGCAUCUGGAUAUGGAUGUGCCACGUUACUGUGGUUUUCCAAGAAUAAACCAGAAAAGUUAACAAGAUUCAACAGAGCUGGAACUAUCCAUGACUUCCUUGUCUGUAUGUUGUGUGGGCUAGACCGGCCUGUUAUGUCAGUACAGAAUGCUGCAUCAUGGGGUUUCUUCAACACCAACACCAAGAAAUGGAAUGAGGCACUCCUGCAGGAAGCAGGUCUAACCAGUGAUCUACUUCCCACUGUUGUAGACUCAGGACAAGAGGCUGGACAGCUUGAGAACUCUUGGUAUGGAAUUCCUGCCAAGACACCAGUCAUUGCUUCACUAGGUGAUCUUCAGUGUUCAGUUCUACCACUGUUGUCUGGAAAUGAUGUAGCUGUAAUUAAUAUAUCAACAUCAGCCCAGCUCUGCUUCAGGAUGUCAGAGGACUUUGUGCCACCAGAUCAACCUCCCAGCAGCUCACAGCCAGUCGAGUAUUUCCCUUUCUUUGACAACACAUACUUGGCUGUAGCAGCAUCUUUAAAUGGCGGCAAUGUCCUGGCAGCAUUUGUGAGAACUGUGCAGCAGUGGAGUCUUGAAUUAGGUUUCCAAGUUCCACAGUCAAAGAUUUGGCAGAGAAUUCUAGCCCUUGGUGCAGAGCCUCAGAGCCAGUCUUCACUUGUAGUUGAACCUACAAUAUUUGGGGAGCGUCAUUCACCACAAGAGAAUGCUAUGGUGUCUAAUAUAGAUUUAGGAAACAUAUCACUAGGAAAAGUAACAAGAGGACUGUGCAAAGGAAUUAUCACAAACAUACACAGCAUGAUGCCGCGAUCUCUCCUCGUAGAAAAUGGAAUCACAAACAUCAUAGGUGGAGGAUCAGCCCUCACAAGAAACCCUAUACUGCACAAGGAGCUCGAAGAUACAUAUCAGCUGCCAGUGUCUCUGGACUCACGAGGGGAUGCUGCGUAUGGGUCCGCUUUGGCAGCCAUUAAUUCCAAAGCGCAGUAAAGAUAAUCAUGUAGAAUUAAUGAGUUAAGAUUUGAAAUCUUACUUGCAAGUAUAUUCUUUACUGCACAAAAUUUCUGAAACAAGAAAUAUGAAUUGUAAUACAGGGUUAUGAAUAUUGAAAUCUGUUAUGAUUUAUGAAACUGUUAUAUUCUAAUUUCCAAGAUUUUAUGCCUUGUAAAAUAAAUACUUUUUUGUGUGUAUGGGGGUGUGUGUGUGUGUGUGUGUGUGUGUGUGUGUGUGUGUGUGUGUGUGUGUGUGUGUGUGUGUGUGUGUGUGUGUGUGUGUGUGUGUGUGUGUGUAUGUGUGUUCUUACCUAGUUGUUUCAGUACAAGAGAAGAGCUAAGCUCAGAGGGUCACAUCUACUAUAUUGACAAUGUCGUAGAAUUAUUUUUUUAAUGAUGCACAGUUUUGCCACAUACAACAUUAUUUGGAAGAUUGUUCCAUAUUUCAAUAGUCCUAUUUGGAAACCUUAACUUUUUGACAGUCUUAUUGUCUCUGCUUGCAUUUAUUUUAUAAGUUAAUCUUUAUAUAACUUCAUUCUUUCUGUGAUAGAGUUAUACAGCCUAAUUCUGAGCCACUUUUCCUUCUUUCGUCUAAAGUAGUAAGUCCCAUUUUCUGUAGUUUGUCCUUGUGCUUCGUAUCUCACAGAGUUGGUGCCCAUCUUUCGGCUGCUCUUUGAACUCUCUCCAAUUUGUCUAUAUCUUAUUUUAGAUGUAGACUCCUAUACCACUGCACUGCACUCUGGAGUAGGUGUGUGUGUGUGUGUGUGUGUGUGUGUGUGUGUGUGUGUGUGUGUGUGUGUGUGUGUGUGUGUGUGUGUGUGUGUGUGUGUGUGUGUGUGUGUGUGUGUGUGUGUGUGU